AUGGUUGGUCAACGUACGUACACGGUCAGCCGUCUGCAGCCAAAAACAGCCAAUCACGUGCUGCGAUACAGCACACAAGGCAGUUGGGUUAACAGACUGCAUAAGCGGGAAUCAACACAAAAUUCGACGGCAUGGAGCAACCAGACUAUUAUAUUUGCCUCGUACACUUUGCUGUGUGUAAACAAACCGCGACACUUGACUAACUUGAAACGCAAUGAAGUGAGUCGUGACGACCAUCGUUACUUGAAGCAAGUGGAGAUGCGCGAGGAAGGUGGAACGCCCUCUAUUGUCGGGGCAGUGCGAGCUGGUUUGGUCUUCCAACUCAAGGAGGCCAUAGGGGCAGAUAACAUCAUGGCCAGGGAACAUGAAUUAUGCAGGAAAGCCCUGUCAAAAUGGACAGAUUGCACCAAUCUCGUCCUGCUAGGCAACACAGUGGUUCCCCGUCUGCCCAUUUUCUCAUUUCUUAUCCGCCACCCGACAACCGGUCAAUUUUUGCACCACAACUUUGUCUGUGCUGUUCUGAAUGAUGUGUUUGGUCUACAGGCGCGAGGAGGAUGUGCAUGCGCUGGCCCCUAUGCCCAGGAUUUGCUUGGCAUUAAUGAGAAGCUCGCCAAAGAAAUUGAGGCAGCGUUACUUGAAGAUGGUCGACUUGACAGAGUGCAUCUGCGACGCUAUACGGAAUACUCGGAGAAAGAGAUUCUCAGACCUGGUUUUGUCCGCAUCAAUCUGCCAUAUUUCAUGAGCGACGACUGCGUGGACUUUGUGAUUGAAGCUGUUACCAUGGCAGCACAGCAUGCAUGGAAACUGCUCCCUCAGUAUAUUUUCAAUCCAGAGACAAGUGAAUGGAAGCAGAGGGGACACCAAGUUUUCCAGGACAGACGAUGGUUAGGAUCGAUCAAUUAUACAACGGGGAAGCUGGCUUACCCUGAACCCAACGUGAAGAAGACUAAAGGACGGCUGCCAAUAGAUUAUAAGGACUGCCUGAAGCUUGCAGAGGAAAUAUUUAAGAGAGCAGAAAAGGUCAGAGUCCAGUUACCAGACCAGACAUUACUGUUUGACGAAAAGGCUUCAGAGCUCCGUUGGUUCAUGCUGCCUAGUGAGGCUAGAGAUCUCCUAGGCAGUAGUACAUCACAACUACAAGGCCAUGAUAAUACUAAAAAACUUCCUUUUGAGCCCAUCAAGUACAAAGAAAGUUUCAGGGUCGAUAAUGUGGAGAAGAGAGGAGGUCAGAUUCAGGAAGUCUCUUUGGAGGAGAGGUUUGCCGAGGAGGAUCGUCUCAAGAAGUCAUCGGAAGACUUGACCAGAACUUUGGGUGGUUCUGUCUUAGAACACACAAGAAUCCUUGUAAGUGUAGAGUCAAAAGAUGAUUGUACAUCGUCAUGUGCAGAGUUGUUUCUAAAAACCGUUGAGGAAGGAUUCGUUGGUGAGAGUGGCGAUAGAUGGCCUGAAUCAUCUACGAUCACAAACAGAACUGACGAUGGGGUUGAAGGUCAUAGGGACGAUACGAUGGUGGAUGCUGUGAGUGACCCUCGGACGGAUUUGCUGCAAGAAUCAGUUUGUGAUCUUGACAAAGCUGCCAGUCGCAACAGCUCGUUGUGCAUCGGUGACAAAUCUGGAAUUGAGAGAAAUUUGACAAGCGGUCAAUGCAGGGUAUCAAAUGUUGAGGAAGACCUAUCGGAAGUAAACAAUCUAACCAAACUGACAAAUAUUGGAAUUAAUGAAUCACUCUCUAGGUCUGCCGUAGCGCAUCCCAGACCCUCAGCUGUUAAUUCUUCCAUCGUUGUAACAACCCCGCAAACAGAUAGCUCUGCGGGUAACGCUGCGUUGUCUUUAGCAUCAGAAAAAAUCGAUAACAAACCUUAUGCACUAAGUCCUAAAUCCAACCAUUUUGUAUCAAAUUUGGAUCAACUACAAAAAGCGGGGAGUAAUCAUCCAAUAGAAACCCAUCACUCUGUGGAUAGCUCUGUUGAAUCUGACGAUAAAAAACCAGGAGGUUCCACUGCAUUAACUUCAUCCAAAGAAGAAGAUACCACACAAGUUGAAAAUGGAUCUGUGGAACCACAAAGGACAACGACUGGUGUUCCAAAGAAAACUGAGAGCAGGAAGAGUGGAAUUCCUGGAAGCAAAUCAGGUUUUCAAAAACCACCAAAGAAUAUCUUUAAGCCGACAGUACAGGCCCUUGAGGAAUACAAGAUGAUAGAAGAUGGAGAUCGCGUCUUGGUGGGUCUCUCUGGAGGCAAAGACAGUCUCUCACUUCUACAUACACUCAGACAGUACCAAUUCUACGCAAAAAGCAAGGGAAUCUGUUUUGAGAUUGGUGGGGUAACAGUUGACCCACAGACAUUGGCCUAUGACCCUCGACCUCUAAUACCAUAUUUGGCCAACCUGGGAGUGCCAUACUUUUACGAGGAGCAGAGUAUCAUAGACACCGCGUCAAGUCUGGAAGGAGGUUGUGAUUCCAUCUGUAGCUUUUGCUCAAGGAUGAAGCGAGGUCGUCUUUAUGCCUGCGCUAGGAGAGAAGGGUACAACGUCCUGGCCAUGGGGCAACAUCUUGAUGAUUUAGCGGAGAGCUUCCUGAUGUCUGUUUUUCACAAUGGUCUUCUGCGAACUAUGAAAGCCAACUAUACAGUCAAGGAAGGUGAUCUGAGGGUUAUCAGGCCAUUUGUUUACACCAGGGAAAGAGAUCUCAGAGAUUUUGCAGAAAAGGCCCUCCUUCCAGUGAUACCAGAGAACUGCCCAGCGUGCUUUGAGGCACCGAAGGAACGUCACCGUACCAAGCAACUGCUUGCAUCUCAGGAAUUACUGUUCCCUAGACUUUAUAACAGUCUGCAGGCUGCAAUGAAACCAAUGAUGGCUAAAAACAGGACUGGAAUGGAGUCUAGUCGCACUAAAGAAGACUUCUUUCAAGAUGGUGAGAUGUGAUUGAUUAGUCUCAAUAUCAGCCGGAUGGCUUCAAUGAAACCAAUGAUGGCUAAAAACCAGACUGGAAUGGAGUCUAGUCGCACAAAGGAAGAUUUCUUCCAAGAUGGUGAGAUGUGACUAAUUAGUCUCUAUACCAGCCUGCAAGCAGCAGCAAUAAAACCAAGGAUGGCUAAAAACAGGACUUGAAUGGAGUCUAGUCGCACUAAAAAAGACUUGUUUCAAGAUGGUGAUAUGUGAUUGAUUAGUCUCAAUAUUAGCCUGAUGGCUUCAAUGAAACCAAUGAUGACUAAAAACGAGACUGGAAUGGAGUCUAGUCGCACAAAGGAAGAUUUCUUCCAAGAUGGUGAGAUGUGACUAAUUAGUCUCUAUCCAAGCUUGCAAGCAGCAAUGAAACCAGUGAUGGCUAAAAAUAAAAACAGGACUGGAAUAGUCUAGUCGCACUAAAGAAGACUUCUUUCAAGAUGUGAGAUGUGAUGGACGAAUCUCGAUACCAGCUUGCCAGCAGCAAUGAAUCGAUGAUGGCUAAAAACAAGACUGGAAUAGAGUCUAGUCGCACUAAAGAAGAAUUCUUUCCAGAUUGUGUGAUGUACUUGAUUAGUCUCUAUACCAGCCUGCAAGCAGCAGCAAUGAUGGCUUAAAACCAAACUGGAAUCGCGUCUAAUCGCACAAAGAAAGAUUUCUUUCAAGAUGGUGAAAUGUGAUAGAUUGGUCUCAAUACCAGCCUGCAAGCAGCAAUGAAACCAAUGAUGGCUAAAACCAGACUGGAAUGGAGUCUAGUUGCACAGAGGAAGAUUUCUUCCAUGAUGGUGUUAUGUGAUUGAUCAGCCUGAAAGCAGCAAUGAAACCAUUGAUAGCUAAAAACCAGACUGGAAGAGUCUAGUCGAUUAAAUAAGUUUCUUGAAAGAUGGUGAAAUGUGAUUGAUUAAUUGUCUCAAAAUACCAGCCUGAAAGCUAAGAAACUGCACUGGAAUUGUGAUAUUUAAUAAAUUCCUCAAAAGCUAGUCUUUUCUGCCAGCCUGCAUACUGCCUUGUGACUAAUAAAUGGUUGAAAACCCUACAUGUUGACUUCCAUGAUCAGUUCUUUUAUGUCAUCUGAAUUUUUACUGAAACCUUAUAAUUAUUUAUAUGAGUUUACAAAAAUUCAAUACUUACAUUUAUCAAUAUUAUUAAAGUCUGCUUAUUUAUUUACAAGGAAAUAUUGACAUACAUUAAAUCAAUUUCAAUACAUCUAAAAUAAAGAAGAAAAAGACAAACUUUAGGAAAGCAAUUUUUAAAAGUAUGACACUCAUGGUAUUUUAACCUGUACAUGGAAUAUAUCAGUCAAACAAAAACUAAAAUUGAACUUACAUGAAAUUGUUUUACAGAUUUCAUACAAAAUUGAUUCAAAAUAUCUUGAAAAAGUAUCUGCUGUCGGGAGUUUAAGAAGUCCAUCCAAAUAUUAACUCUACAAGUUCAAAUGAAUUAAUGGGAAAAAGAAAAAAAAAGACACCUCAAAACGAAAACUGCAAUGUAUAUUCUCUUCGAUAAAUCAAAAUUCAGGCAAACUAUUACAUUAUAUUUUUCUUGUUUUUAAGGAAAAAGUAAUUUAUGAUGGCAUAUUGUAACUAAUCUCUUUUAUUAAAUAAGUGUAAUUAUGAACAAAAACAGUUGUCAGAAAUUGAAUUUCUUGGCUUUUUGCCCAAACUCUUGUAAACUUUCAAAUCUUAUUUACACAAAGUUGACAACAAAAUGAAAGAGAAACUAGACUUGUUCAUUUGGAAUUUUCUAGUUAAGUUAUAAGUGUAAAGUGCAUAAUUAUGAGGGGCGGGGUGGUGUGGGAGCCCCUUUUUGACUUGCCAAUUACUAAUAUUCUUGGCUAUUUCACGAAAGACAAGUGCGCCAAGCACGGAAUCUCACCGUUCAAUAAUGUGAAAGCAAAACAAAAAUCAAAAUUACAGACUAGUGUUCUUAUAGAAAGCUUUGUUAUUCUUAAAGAGAGUUUUAUACAGUUAUUUGUGUAGCAGUUUGCGACAGCUAAUUCUAUUCUCUCUAAUACUUCUAGUCAGCAGAAUGGCUGACAUUCAGACUGGAUCCUAGACUUGGUUCCAAGUCGUCCUGAUAGCCGCUACAAACAGCGCCCUCUUGUGAUCUUUCUUCGGCAUUCAGCCUAUUUUAGGGUGAGUGAUAGCUAAUAGUGUGGGGGCGUUUUCGUGGCUGAGAUGCAGAAGAAUAACCGCGAUCUAAGACUUGAAUCAAGUCUAACUGGAUCCCCUUCCUAUGUUGUCUCCAAAGGUCUAUGUACUUUUUUGGGGGAAAAAACACAAUGUCCACAGGUUUACAUUAAACUUACACAGUUAGAAGAUAA